GUAUCCGUAUUUAAGAGUAAUUUCAAAGAAUAAACAGCCAAAUCUCACCCAAAAAUGGCGGCUUGUGGUUCGAGCUCUUCCUGCACUCUUCCCCUUUCUCCUUCCAACUCUGCUCAAACCCGGGUUUACCACAAGCAUAUUUUUCUCCAUAGACCCGUCCACGGCACAGUUUUACCACUUGCCACCGUGUACAAAUGCAAUUCGGUCAUCAUCAAUAGCACUAAGCGUUCCUUGCCCAGAGCUGCCUUCACUCCGAAAGGCUCUGCCCCCAAAACAAACAGUAAUGAAGCAGAUGAGAAAAACUCUACCAGUUUAACAUCCCUUGUGCAAGUUUACAAAGUGGCACUUUUUAAUGGAGAUAUAAAAGGGGUGUCAAAAGUUGAGGCUAUGAUGUGCCAGAUCGAAAAGGAGAAAACUACGUUGGCUGAGAGGGUGUCUGCUUUGUCUGAUGAAAUUAAAUCGGAGAAGGCAAAAUAUAUGCGGUUGCAAGCAGAUUUUGAAAAUUUCAGAAAAAGAUCCGAUAAGGAGAAAUCAACAAUUAGAAGUGAUAGCCAGGCAGAAAUAAUUGAGAACCUCUUGCCAAUUGUGGACACUUUUGAGAGUGCUAAGCAACAGAUUAAGCUAGAAACAGAGAGGGAGAAAAACAUAGACAAAAGUUACCAGGGUAUAUACAAGCAAUUUGUAGAAAUAAUGAGGAGUUUGCAAGUCACUGUAGUGCCCACUGUUGGCAAGCCAUUUGAUCCAUCACUACAUGAAGCUAUUGCUCGAGAAGAAUCUAACGAGUUUUGGGAGGGAGUAAUAACUCAAGAAUACCGGCGUGGAUUUAGGCUUGGAAAUCGACUAUUGAGACCAGCCGUUGUUAAGGUUUCAUCUGGCUCUGGUAAUAGGAAACGCUGGCCAGUCCCACAGAAAUCUGUUGUGCAGCCGGGAGCAACUGAUGGAACUCAUGGCUGAUGCUGCUAAUCCUGCUAUGACUUGAUAAUCAUAAUAUUCAAAAAUAUCUUUCCUGAUAGGCCCAACUUCCCAGUGUGACACUAUUUUGGCGAAUAUGCCACUGCUAGUUUGCAGUUUUAAACUUCUGUUAUACUUCUGUUAUACCCGCACGAGUAGCUCAGUUGGUCGAGUGGUGGGAGAUUUGGAUCAAUGGAUCAAGGUUCGAAUCCCCGCAGCGACCGGGUGAAGGUCACAAAACCUGAAAUAAGGCUGGGCCUUUGGUGCGCACGGGUGUAUGUGCCUACUGUCAUUCUGUUGACUGAGUCGCCGUGAAAAUAUAUAUACUUUAUGUUGGUUAUAAUUUUUAAUUUCAUUUUUAAUUAUUUACUUAUUUGAAGCUUACUAAUUUACUAAUAGGUGU